AUCUUGUAGCAGUGUUUCAAAACCUAAUUAUCAUGGACCUCACUGAAAAGGAUGUGUUCAUUGAAGGUAAGGUGGACUGGAAAGGAAGAGCUGCAACAAAGAAUAAGCAUGGAGGCAUGCGGGCUGCACUUCUAAUAGUAGCUACGUUUGCAUUCGAAAAUAUGGCAAACAUAGCAAUAUCAGGGAACUUCGUGACAUAUUUUACCCAGAUAAUGCAUUAUGACGUAUCCGAAGCAGCAAACCAUGUCACGAACUUUAUGGGUGCUGGUUACAUCCUUUCCAUUGUUAUGGCUUGUCUUGCUGAUACCAAAAUCGGCCGAUUUCGAACUCUUCUUAUUGCAAUGUUUGUGGAAUGCCUGGGGUUUUCUUUGCUCACACUACAAGCACAUUACCCAAACCUCAAACCAGCUCUUUGUAAUAUAUUUUUGCCAACAUCAAAUUGUGAGAAAGCGAGUGGAGGAAAGGCCGCGCUCCUAUUCGUUGCAAUGUACCUGUUGGCUGUUGGCGACGGGGGUGUAAAAGCAGCAUUACCAUCACAUGGAGCUGAUCAAUUUGAUGAGAAAGAUCCAAAAGAGGCUAAACAGAUGUCAAGUUUCUUUAAUUGGUUGCUAGUAGGUGUUGCAGCAGGGGGCUCAAUUAGCAUAACGUUCUUUGUCUGGGUACAAGAUAACAAGGGGUUUGAUUGGGGAUUUGGGCUUUCGUUGAUAACCAUGUUCUUGGGUGCGAUCAUCUGUAUUUUUGGAUUGCCAUGGUAUCGAAUAUAUCUUGUGCAAGGAAGCAGUGCCAUUACUGAAAUUAUACAGGUUUACGUUGCAGCGGUUAGAAACCGAAAGCUUCAACUUCCCAAGGACCCUACUGAACUACAUGAGAUCCCAAUGGACAAAGAAAUAGCACUUCAUCAAGAAUUCUUGCCACAUAGAGAUGUUUACAGGUGGCUAGACAAAGCAGCAAUCCGAGUUGAUAAAGCUAAUCAAUCUCCAAGUCCCUGGAAACUUUGUACAGUUACACAAGUCGAAAAUGCGAAAAUCUUACUAGCAAUGGUUCCAGUUUUCUUAUGUAGUAUUAUUAUGACACUUUGCUUAGCCCAACUACAAACAUUUUCAAUUCAACAAGGAGUAACCAUGGAUAUUAAGCUCACAAACUCUUUCAACAUGCCACCUGCAUCCCUCCCAGUCAUUCCUAUAGUAUUCCUCCUCAUUCUAGUUCCAAUUUAUGACCAAAUCAUUGUACCUUUGCUUCGUAAAUUUACUGGCAUUCCCACUGGCAUAACUUACUUGCAAAGAGUAGGAGUAGGGCUUAUCCUCUCAGCAAUAUCUAUGGCAAUUGCUGGAAUUAUGGAGGUAAAGCGAAAAAACGUUGCUAAACACCAUAACAUGCUAGAUGCAGUCCCUGUGCUUCAACCAUUGCCCAUUAGUGUCUUCUGGUUAUCCUUCCAAUAUUUUGUAUUUGGUAUAGCUGAUAUGUUCACUUACGUGGGACUACUCGAGUUUUUCUACUCGCAAGCACCAAAAUCAAUCAAAUCUAUUUCAUCUUGCUUUCUUUGGACCUCAAUGGCAAUUGGGUAUUUCAUGAGUAGUGUUAUGGUGAAAAUAGUAAACCAUGCAACAAAAGGGGUUACAAAAAGCGGAGGAUGGUUGGUCGGAAACAAUAUAAAUCGGAAUCAUUUGGAAAACUUUUAUUGGCUACUUGCUAUAUUAAGUUUGAUCAAUUUCAUAAUUUACGUGUUUGUUGCAUCAAACUACAAGUAUAGGCCACAAAGUGUUGAUGAUGAAGAUGAGUAUGAAUAGCCACAUCAAACGAGGACAAAGCCGUAAUGAUAUGUGAAAUUAAAGAUCGCUAACUGUAAUUGUGCUUCUUAAGUUUGCGCUUCUUGAUCUUCAUUUAUUCUGUUUUUAUGCUUUAGGGGUGUAUAAUUUAUUUUUUACUUGUAAGUUUUAAGUUAAUGUGAUGGUGUGAGUGUGUUGUAAUUUAUUUAUAUGUUGUUUAGUUGGUUCAUGAACUAGCAAACAACUUUUGUACUUACUUUGUCAAAAAAAAGAAUACUGUCAAUAUUCUUUUUACCUAUUA